CUCCUGGACCCACGCGGGUUCCAGCUAGGCUCUGUCCAACCACGGUCGCCGAGUUGAGUCGCCAGGCCUGCCAGGGGCGGAGCGGACGGCGCCAGGAUUUUGCGUCACCAUCUGGGCCGGGUCCCUGCUGACGCCAUCAACCCCGCACCUGCCAACAUGGAAGGUGGCGACGGCGGCGUCGCCGUUGCUGGCCUUGGGGCUCUGGGCUCUGGAGCGGCUGCAGCGACAGUCCGGGAGAUUCUGCAGGACGAGUGUUACAGUGACUUUUUAAAUGAAGACUUUGACGUUAAGGCUUAUACUUCCCAAUCUAUUCAUCAAGCUGUAAUUGCUGAACAACUGGCAAAACUUGCCCAAGGAAUCAGUCAGUUGGAUAAAGAACUACACCUACAGGUUGUUGCAAGACAUGAAGAUUUACUGGCACAAGCAACUGGGAUUGAGUCUUUGGAAGGUGUUCUUCAGAUGAUGCAGACAAGAAUUGGGGCCUUACAGGGAGCUGUUGAUAGGAUGAAAGCAAAAAUUGUUGAGCCAUACAACAAAAUAGUAGCCCGUACUGCACAACUAGCAAGACUUCAGGUUGCCUGUGAUUUGCUUCGAAGGAUAAUACGCAUUUUGUAUCUCAGUAAGAGACUCCAAGGACAACUGCAAGGGGGAAGCAGAGAGAUAACAAAAGCUGCUCAGAGUCUCAGUGAACUUGAUUAUCUUUCUCAAGGAAUAGAUCUUUCUGGAAUAGAAGUAAUAGAAAAUGAUCUACUUUUUAUUGGAAGAGCUCGACUUGAGGUGGAAAAUCAAGCUAAGCGCCUACUGGAGCAGGGUGUGGAGACUCAGAAUCCAACUCAAGUCGGAACAGCUCUUCAGGUUUUCCAUAAUCUUGGGACUUUGAAGGAUACUAUUACCAGUGUCCUGGAAGGGUAUUGUGCUACCAUAGAAGAAAAUAUUAACAGUGCAUUAGACAUCAAAGUUUUGACUCAGCCUUCCCAGUCAGCUGUGAGAGGGGGUCCUGGACGAUCUACCAUGCCAACCCCAGGAAAUACUGCAGCUUUUCGUGCUUCCCUCUGGACCAAUAUGGAGAAACUUAUGGAUCAUAUCUGUACUGUUUGUGGACAGGUACAACAUCUGCAAAGAGUACUAGCCAAGAAGAGAGAUCCUGUUUCUCACAUUUGCUUCAUUGAAGAAAUAGUUAAGGAUGGACAAUCUGAAAUCUUAUACAUGUUUUGGAAUUCAGUUACUCAAGCACUUUCUUCUCAAUUUAACAUGGCAACAAAUUCUUCUAUGUUUCUGAAACAAGCAUUUGAAGGAGAAUACCCUAAAUUAUUGCGUCUUUAUAAUGACUUAUGGAAGCGUCUUCAACAAUACAGUAAAAAUACUCAAGGGAAUUUUAAUGCAAGUGGAAGUACAGACCUCUAUGUUGACCUACAGCACUUGGAAGAUGAUACACAAGACAUAUUCAUACCAAAAAAGCCAGAUUAUGAUCCAGAAAAGGCUUUGAAAGACUCACUGCAACCCUACGAAGCUGCUUAUCUAUCAAAAUCCUUAUCGCGACUCUUUGAUCCUAUCAACUUGGUUUUUCCACCUAAUGGUCAUAAUCCUCCUUCCUCUGAUGAGCUUGACAGUAUCAUUAAAACUAUAGCAAGUGAACUAAAUAUAGCUGCUGUUGAUGUAAACCUCACCUUAGCUGUGUCAAAAAACGUGGCAAAGACUGUCCAGUUAUACGGUGUAAAAUCUGAGCAGCUUUUCUCCACACAAGGAGAUGCAAGUCAGGUGAUUGGACCUCUUACCGAAGGGCAGAGAAGAAAUGUGGCAGUAGUGAAUUCACUGUAUAAGUUACACCAGUCAGUAACAAAGGUGGUUUCCAGUCAGAACUCAUUCCCACCAGCAGCUGAGCAAACUAUAAUUUCAGCCCUAAAGACAAUCCAUGCUCUUAUGGGAAAUGCUCUGCAGCCGUUACUGACUUCAGUGGGAGAUGCAAUAGAGGCCAUAAUCAUCACCAUGCAUCUAGAAGAUUUCUCUGGGUCGUCCUACAGCUCGGGAACACUUGAUGUGCCUUGUUCUUUGUACAUGAAGGAGCUGCAAGGUUUCAUUGCCAGAGUUAUGAGUGACUACUUUAAACACUUUGAAUGCUCGGAUUUUGUCUUUGACAACACUGAAGCUACUGCCCAUAGAGCAAUUGAACUUUUUGUCCGCCAUGCCAGUCUCAUAAGGCCUCUUGGUGAAAGUGGGAAAAUGCGACUUGCUGCUGAUUUUGCACAGAUGGAGUUGGCUGUGGGUCCAUUCUGCAGACGAAUAUCUGAUUUAGGAAAAUCCUAUCGAAUGCUGAGGUCAUUCAGACCAUUGCUCUUUCAGACGAAUGAAUGUGUGGCCUCUAGUCCUGUAUUGGGCGACAUUAUUCCGUUCAGCGUCAUUAUUCAGUUUUUGUUCACGAGAGCACCAGCUGAGCUGAAAUCCCCUUUCCAGAGGGCAGAGUGGUCCCACGCACGCUUCUCUCAGUGGCUGGAUGACCAUCCAUCUGAAAAGGACAGGCUCUUCCUCAUCAGGGGAGCCCUGGAAGCUUAUGUUCAAUCAGUAAGAAGCAGAGAAGGCAAAGAAUUUGCACCAGUUUAUCCCAUAAUGGUUCAUCUCCUUCAAAAAGCCAUGUCUACCCUUCAGUGACAAUCUAAAGUACGUGUUCAUCUCCAUUUUGCACCAACCCAGUCAAGGUUGACAGUUAAACUAAGAAACAUACAUUAUACUCUAACAGCAACUAGCCACUACUGUAAGAAUGUAGUUGAUUUUUCUCUAUUUCCUAUUGAUCUUUUUGUUUACCUCUUCAGCACUCCUACCUUGAGUAGCAUAAAAUGUCAAAAUAGAUUUAUCACAACUUUCAAACUCCAUGGACCUGAUUUUUCCAAAAGACAUCCAGCUCUAUUCUCCCCUAGCUGAUUUUUCUACAAGGCUGGAUACAAUUUCUUUCCCAUCACGUAACUGUGUCCUCCUAUGGGUACACACACACACACAAAAUCCCCACUGCUUUUAAGUGGAUAUGAUCAAGUUAUAUAAUAAGAUACACUGCUUCCCCAAACCUACCUGUUGGCUGAGUAAGUAGCUCAGUGGUUCCCAAAUUUGGUUGCACAUUACAAUGACUGGGGGAGCUUGAAAAUUCCUGAUGCACAUGUUGCAGCCCAUACUAGUAAAAUUAUAAUGUCUGAGGGAGGGAGACAGGCAUCCCCAAGUGAUUCCAAUAUGCAGCUGAGUUUGGGAACCACUGGUGUCCUUGUUUAAAUGUCAUACUGUGUCUUUAAAUAAAGCAAGGCUUUCUUUACGCUUAGUGCAUCAUUUUAUUAAAAGCCACUUUUGGGAUCAUGUUAUGGAUUGUGUCUCCCCAAAGUAUGUGCUGUAAAUCCUAACCUAUAGGGGCACUAUGAGUCGAAUCAACUCUGCGGUAAUGCCUAUGGUUAUAAUCCCAUUUGGGAAUGGGUUAUCUUUCUUACUUUAAUGAGACAGGAUUAGUGUAGGGUGUGUUUUUAGUCAGUCGUCUCUUUCGAGAUGUAAAAGAGCUUAACAAGCCAAGCAAAACAAUCAGAGAUGGGGGAAGAGAGAUCCCAAGCCACAUGAAGACUGCCCAGAACAGAAGCUCAGAAGAGACAAGGACCCGCCUCCAGAGCCAACAGAGAGAAAGGCUUCCCCUAGAGCUGGCACCCUGAAUUUGGACUUCUAGCCUCCCUAAAUUAUGAGAAAAUAAAUUUGUUAAAGCCACCCACUUGUGCUACUUCUGUUAUAGCACUAAAUAAGGUUGUUUAACCUUGUAAUAAAUAUGUCAAAUUAAAAAUAGAAUAUUUUUUAUUCUACAAUAUAAAUAGUAGAUAAACUGGGUCCCUAUUUUUGUACUGCCCUUGCCCUGUUAUUAACAUUUUUAUUAUUUUCAAUUAAAAUUUUAAGUCCCCUUACCUACCUCCUAAUUAUAAAACCGAAACAGAAGUCUUCUGAGUGUUUGUUAGGAAUGUACCUUAUUAUUUCUCAUCCCCUGAACCUGGUUAUUUU